AUGUUAUCGAUUUCAUCUCAGAUUCUCAGGCUACCUGUAUCGCUGAGGUCGCAAUGCAUCGAAAUUUGCUCUCAAGUCCGAUGUCUCUCCACAUCGACCCGACUUACUGCAGGCCACGAGAAUCCCCUGGGACUUCCGCGCUCUGGUACGCCGCCAAAUCUGGCUGCGCGAAUGAAACGAGGUCUGCCGGAGAAGCGCAAAAUCUCGAACGUCAAGAACAUAAUUGCCGUCAGCAGCGCGAAAGGCGGAGUCGGCAAGAGCACCAUCUCUGUGAACCUUGCAUUAGCCAUGGCACAGCAGGGACUGCACACUGGCAUCUUGGACACGGACAUUUAUGGACCGAGCAUCCCAACUUUGUUGAACGUAGGGUACGAGCCGGAACUGGACAGGAAUAAUCGACUGGUACCUUUGACGGCAUAUGGGCUGAAAGCCAUGUCGAUGGGCUUCCUUGUGCCUCAAGAUAGCCCCGUGGCUUGGAGGGGCCUGAUGGUCCAAAAAGCGAUGAAUCAGCUGCUCUUUGAAGUCUCAUGGCCGAAUUUGGAUGUUCUUGUAAUGGAUCUCCCACCAGGAACUGGCGACGUUCAACUCACCAUCACACAGAGUGUUGAGCUUACGGGCGCUGCCAUCGUUUCAACGCCACAGGACCUCGCCCUGCGAGACGCAGUCAGAGGCAUAGAUUUGUUCAAGAAGGUGAAUGUGCCAAUCUUUGGCAUGAUUCAGAACAUGAGCUCCUUUGUUUGCACCAAUUGUGAUCACAAGCAUGACAUAUUUGGACUAGACGGUAUCUUAUUUCCUCCGACCUUGCUGACGCAAGCAGGCGCGAAGAAGAAGUGCAAUGAGAUCGGUAUACCAUUCUUGGGCGAUAUUCCGCUUCACCCGGACAUAUGUGCCAAUGCAGAUGCGGGCAAGCCGACAAUGGUGGCUAAUCCGGACACGCCGCAAGCAAAAUCGUUUGACGAAAUUGCCAAGAAGAUCGCAUCGAAGUUGGAAAGCUGA